AUGAAUCCCGCUGGAGCAAAACUCAUCGACAGGCGGCUCCAUACUGUCCCUGGCAAACUUCGAGUGGCUGAGCUGUUUUUCGAUGUCCCCUUAAAUUACAGCAAGCCAAACGAAGGACAAAUCCGUCUCUUCGCUCGGAGUGUCCGUCGACCUGCAACAUUUCCCGACACUGAGCAGAACGAAAAGCCUCUUCCGUGGUUUGUGUAUUUGCAGGGUGGUCCUGGGUUUGGAUGUCGACCACCACAGGACAUGGGAUUUGUCCCUUCCGUUCUUGACAAGGGUUACCAGAUUCUGCUUCUCGACCAACGCGGGACUGGCCUAAGCUCCACAAUCACCUCGCAAACUCUUGCCCGCCAAGGUAGCGCAAUCAAACAAGCCGAAUAUCUGAAAAAUUUCCGCGCAGACAAUAUUGUGCGCGAUUGCGAGGCUGUACGAAAAUGUUUGACCGCUACUUAUCCUGAGGAGUAUCAGAAAUGGAGUGUGUUAGGACAGAGCUUUGGUGGGUUCUGCGCGACGACCUAUCUUUCAAAGUUCCCUGAGGGUUUGCGGGAAGUCUUCUUGACUGGUGGAUUGCCUCCGCUAAUCAACGGACCCGACCCGAUUUAUGAAAAGACAUAUCAAAAGGUUGUAGAACGGAAUGAAGCAUACUAUCAAAAGUUCCCCGAAGAUGCGGAGCGUGUCAAGAGGAUCAUUCAAUAUCUGCAGCAGAACAAGCCCCGUCUCGGAGCGGGUGUUCUCACAGCAGAGAGAUUCCAGCAAAUUGGAAUAACUUUUGGGGUUCAUGGUGGCUUGGACAGUAUUCAUGAUAUCGUUCUACGAAUGACCCUUGACCUCGACCAGUUUGGUUUCCUGACCAAACCGACACUUGCACUGGCCGAGAGCUAUGGAGAAUACGGCAAUGCAGUCAUCUAUGCUAUUCUCCAUGAGCCUAUAUAUUGUCAAGCAGAAGCUUCUCGCUGGUCUGCAGAUAGACUGCGUUCUCAAAACCCCCGUUUCCGAGUUGAAGGUAACACCGAGCCCGAGAUCUAUUUCACUGGUGAAAUGAUAUAUAAAGAUAUGUUCGAUUCCUACGACGAGCUAAACGAGCUCAAAGAAGUCGCCGACAUUCUUGCAUCCACAGACGACUGGCCAGCUCUCUACGACGAAGCGCAGCUGGCCAAAAACGAGGUGCCAGUGUAUGCAGCUACUUUCGUGGAUGACAUGUACGUUGACUACGGCUAUGCGACUGAGACAGCCAAGAAAAUCAAGGGCGCAAAGCAGGUUAUUACGAAUACCAUGUAUCACAGCGCGUUGCGUGACAGAGGGGAUGAAGUUCUGCGUCAACUGUUUUACUUGAAGGAGGACACCAUUGAUUAG